GUAAUGAGGAGGGUGGGUGGGGGUGCAGUUCUGGAAGAUUCUGUGGGAAUCUUACGAGUGGACCCCGUUUCACCAGAGUAUUGUGGGGACUGUCUCUCCUCCUGGGCAGUCUGGUGAAACCAUAACGCCUACAAUAACCGGGGCUCGGGCGAAGCCCUUAAGAUCUGAUGCAUGGAAUAGACUGAUCUCUACUGCUCCCUGUGAAGAUGUCAAAGAGGCCCUAUGCCCCGCCCCCUCCCCCAGCCCCCACAACUCAAAUCCCCAACACUGCUGGGUUUGUGGGCUACAACCCAUACAGCCACCUGGCCUACAACAACUACAGGCUCGGAGGGAGCCAAGGCACCAACAGUCGGAAUACCUCGGGAAUAAACAUCCCAAAGCCGCCCAAGCCCCCUGACAAGCCAUUGAUGCCCUACAUGAGAUACAGUCGGAAAGUUUGGGAUCAAGUGAAAGCCUCCAACCCCGAUCUGAAGCUCUGGGAAAUUGGGAAGAUAAUCGGUGGCAUGUGGAGAGACCUCACUGAUGAGGAGAAACAAGAUUAUCUCAACGACUACGAAGCAGAGAAGAUCGAGUACAACGAGAGCAUGAAGGCGUACCACAACUCCCCGGCCUACCUGGCCUACGUCACGGCCAAGAGCCGGGCGGAGGCGGCGCUGGAGGAGGAGAGCCGGCAGAGGCAGUCGCGGCAGGACAAAGGGGAGCCCUACAUGAGCAUCCAGCCAGCCGACGACCCAGACGACUACGACGACGGCUUCACGGUGAAGCACUCGGCCACCGCCCGCUUCCAGCGCAACCACCGGCUGAUCAGCGAGAUCCUGAGCGAGAGCGUGGUGCCGGACGUGCGCUCGGUGGUGACCACGGCCCGCAUGCAGGUGCUGAAGCGGCAGGUCCAGUCGCUCAUGGUGCACCAGAGGAAGCUGGAGGCGGAGCUACUGCAGAUCGAGGACCGGCACCAGGACAAGAAGAGGAAAUUCAUCGAGGCCACAGAGUCCUUCAGCAGCGAGUUGAAAAGGCUGUGCUGUCUGAAGGUCGAGGUCGACAUGGAGAAGAUCUCUGCUGAGAUCUCGGCGGCGGAGGAGGCGUCCCGCCGGCGCCUGGCGGAGCGGGACAAGGAGGCGGGGGCGGAGCCUGGCGCGCGGGAGGCCCCCACCUGCGUGCUGGCGGAGGAGGAGAAGCACGUCUGCGCCACGCACGGCGGGGGCAAGCCGCCGCAGAACGCUGCCGACGACGACGACGGCGGCGGCGCCGACGGCGUCAAGGACGGAGAGGAGGCGGGGCCCGGCGCCGCGGACGCCACGGUGAAGCCGGAGGCGGAGUCCCAGCCCGGCGGCGGCGAGGAGGCGGCCUCGGAGGACAAGGACAGCGUCCCCGAGGGAGCCAUGGAGGAGGGCAACAGCGACAGCAACACGGGCUCCGAGACCACCUCGGCCCAGACGGAGGACGCCCCGCCCAGCGAGCCGGCCCCCGAGGGCCCGGGCCCCCUCCCGCGGGGCCGGGCGGCCCACUGAGCCGACCGGUCGCCUGGUCUGACCGCUGAUAUCUCCAUGUGGUCACGCUCUGCACAGUAGCAUCUCAACCCCGUCACCACCU